CCGCCGCACACGUUCUGCCGGGAUCUCGCGGAGCAACAACGUGCAUUUGCGCCUCGUCCAGCGAGAUGGGCGCCUACAUCGCCAAGAUGCUGCUGCCCAGCGUGAGCAGCCUGGUCUUCCUGCCGGCCGCCAGCGUGGCCGCCAAGCGGGGCUUCCACAUGGAGGCCAUGGUCUACUUCUUCACCAUGUUCUUCAGCGCGAUCUAUCACGCCUGUGACGCGCCAGGCCUGGCCAUCCUGUGCUUCAUGAAGUACGACAUCCUGGAGUACUUUAGCGUGUACGGCACGGCGCUGUCCAUGUGGGUCACGCUCAUCGCUUUGGGGGACUUUGAGGAGCCUCAGCGUUCCAGCAUGACCAUGUUUGGAGUCCUGAGCAUCGCCGUGCGGAUCUACCAGGACCGCUGGGGGUACGGGAUCUACUCGGGCCCCAUCGGAUCGGCCGUCUUCAUCAUCACCAUCAAAUGGCUUCAGAAGAUGAAGGAGCUGCGUGCGGUGUACCCGGACAAGCGCGUUUACACGCAGCAGGUCGGUCCCGGCUGCUGUUUCGGCGCUUUGGCCCUCAUGCUGCGCUUCUACUUUGAGGAGUGGGACUACGCCUACGUGCGCAGCUUCUACCAGCUGUCGCUGUCCGUGUCCUUGGUGCUGCUGCUGCCCAAGAAGAACCGCUACGCCGGCUCGGGCCGCAACGCCGCCAGGCUCAGCUGCUGGACGCUGUGCUGCUGUAGCAUGUCACCGGCCUCCUACAAGGAGAAGAAAGACACGCCGGAGAAGAAGGACGCGCCAGAAAAGAAAGACUCGGGGCCGAAGGGGAAGACGACGACGACGACGAUGUCAGCGUGCCGCUCGCUUCUGAACGCCUUCGCUGCAUCCGAGAAGACGCCGGCGUUGCCCACGUUCUCCCCGCCGCCCGCCGCGCCCGUCAAAGGCACGGCCAUCAGCAAGCUGAAGGAGAUGAACGGAUGGAAGUAAAG